AGAUAGCUGAUGAGAGGUGUUGAUUUUUAAACUUCCGAAAUGUACGCAAAGAAUUGAAAUCAGUUUGAUUUUAGCCGCGGAGUCGUUGAGUGCGCCUAGGGACUGUUAAUAAUAAAAGGAGCAUUACUGAUAUAUAUACUAAGCGUAUACUAAUACAGAUAUGUUUCGCUGGCCAUUUGUGUUGAGCAUAGUUGCGACGGUGUUGUUGCAUACACACGCCAAGCCACAACAACCAAAUCCUGACUUGGAUAAAACCAUUAAGGAUAUUUUUGCACAAAAUCCCUCUGCGCCCGUACAAGGCACCGGCACCGGAUUUGGCAAAAUUGUGACCCCCGAACCAGGUAUGCAACCGCAAAUGGAAUUCAGCUCGACAAGUGGCAAGGCACCAUGUAACUGCGUACCUUAUCAUAUGUGUGAUCCAACAACGGGCUCGGAAACUACACCAGUGGAGGAUGGUGAAUUUGACGGUUUCGGUUUGAUUGACUUGCGCUUCAACGACGACGAUCCCGUCUGUGAACACUUCCUCGACGUAUGUUGUGGUACUCAAAACCAGCAUCGCGGCAGUCUCACACCCAAGCCGCAAGAAGAACGUCCUAAUCGUCCUAAAGGAUGCGGCAUACGCAACGUUGGUGGCAUUGAUUUCAACAUUACCGGAGCUGUCGAUAAUGAAGCCGGUUUUGGCGAAUUCCCUUGGACUGUUGCCUUGCUACAUGCCAGCAAUUACAGUUACUUCUGCGGUGGUUCCCUCAUUCAUCCUCAAGUUGUACUAACGGCAGUGCAUUGUGUAGUUGGUCGCGCCGAAUCAAGCUUCCUCGUACGUGCUGGUGAGUGGGACUCGCAAACCAUGAAAGAACGUCUGCCAUAUCAGGAACGUAACGUGCAACGUAUUGUUACACAUCCCAAAUUUAAUUCUCGCAAUGUUGCCAAUAAUUUCGCGUUGGUUGUGCUUACUCAAGCCUUUGUAUUGGCCGAUCACAUUAAUGUCGUUUGCUUACCACAACAAAACGCAGCGCCACUGGCCAAGGCACAAUGCUUCGCCAAUGGUUGGGGUAAGGAUGUCUUCGGUGAGGCUGGUCGUUUUAGUGCCAUCAUGAAACGUGUACCACUGCCUAUCGUAGAUUUCGGCAGCUGUCAAACACGUCUCCGUAGUACUCGUUUGGGACCGAAAUUCGUCUUGGAUCGCUCGUUCCUUUGUGCUGGUGGUGUGCGUGGUGUAGACACAUGUCAAGGUGAUGGUGGUGCCCCACUUGUGUGUCCAAUUGGUUUGCCAGCGGAGAAUCGUUACGAACAGGAUGGUAUUGUGUCUUGGGGUAUUGGCUGUAAUGAUGAUGUACCCGCAGCGUACGCGAGUGUGGCGACAGCGCGUGACUGGAUUGAUCAGCAAAUGCUCUCAUUAGGUUUCGGCACUACAUCGUAUUCUGUGGCUUAAACAGUACUUUAAAAUAAAACUAAAAUUCCUGAGAUUAAAAAACUUUCUAAAAUAUUUGCAAAAAACUACUUGUUUCGUAAUUAUGUUGGAUGCUUAUUUUUUAAGAAGUAAAAACAGCUAACUAUGUGAUGUUUUGGUAGAAAAGUUUCAAAAAUGUCUUAUUUAUGGUAAAGUACUAAGGUAAUGAAAUGAAUAUGAAAAUUAAAUGUUUAUUACACACUCCAA